GGCGAUGAGGAUGGAGGCAGGGGGAAUGCAGUGAGAGAGAGAGAGAAUAGAAAUUCACAACUCUUCUGAUUUAUUAUGAAGCAGGUGUGCCGGACUUAUUACACAUUAGACUCAAGACAGAGGAGAAAUCGUGGAUUUACAAGGAUGUGCGUCAACAUUCGUGCCGAUGGGUCUUGAGGACAUGAGCAUGAGGAACGGCCGGGCUUUGUCCGAUCAGUGGGCCGACAGCGUGGUGGUCCGACCCCGGACUACCGAACAGCACAUCACGGUGCACAAGAGACUCGUGCUGGGCUUCGCCAUCUCCAUCCUCACCCUCAUCAUCGUCACUGUCAUCGCCAUCACGUUCAGCGUCAGCUUCGAGAGAUGCGCCGCGGAGAUCAGCGGGACUCUGCUCGGUAACGGGUCUAGCAACAGUAAGUCCAAUCAGUCCCGGGACAGAAACGGGAUCAGUCACAGAGAAUCAGAAGAUGGCCAGCAGCCGUGGAAACAUCUGCGCUUACCGGGCACCCUGCGCCCUCGACACUACGACCUCAGACUGUCCGUGUACAUGGAUAAUUUCACUUUCUCCGGUCAGGUGAACAUUGAGUUUGAAUGCGUUAACUCCACUAAGUUCAUCGUGUUGCACACAGACAGACUGGAGGUGAAUAAAGUCCUGGUGUAUUCGGACAGUAAAAAAACGGGCGUCAUGAGGAUCCACCGACGCUUUCACUAUCCGCCCAACCAGAUGUAUGUGGUCGCGCUGCACAGAGAGAUGAAGCCACUCAGAACAUACAAGAUCAACAUCACAUUUGAUGCACAGAUUGAAAAUGAACUCUUAGGAUUUUUCCGCAGCUCAUACGUGCUACAUGGAGAAAGAAGGUAUCUUGCCGUGACGCAAUUCUCACCCACUCAUGCCCGAAAGGCCUUCCCGUGUUUCGAUGAGCCAAUCUAUAAAGCCACAUUCAGAGUGAGUUUGAAACACGAGAGUUCGUAUCAGUCCCUGUCCAACAUGCCAGUGGAAGCGUCAACAUCUGAUGAGGACGGAUGGGUGAUCAACCAUUUUUCCAGGACUCCCCGCAUGUCCACAUACUACCUGGCCUGGGCGGUGUGCAACUUCACCUACAGAGAAGCAGUAACAGAUAAUGGAAUUGUGAUCCGGCUGUACGCCAGACCUGACGCCAUCCAGAGCGGAUCAGGGGACUACGCACUGCACAUCGCCAAGAGACUCCUGCAGUUUUACCAGGAUUACUUCAAAGUCAAAUAUUCCCUCCCUAAACUAGAUCUGCUGGCAGUUCCCAAGCAUCCGUAUGCAGCUAUGGAGAACUGGGGUCUGAGUGUGUUUGUGGAGCAGAAGAUCUUAUUGGAUCCUGACGUCUCAUCUUUCUCUUAUCAGAUGGAGCUCACCAUGGUGGUGGUGCAUGAGAUCUGCCACCAGUGGUUUGGAGAUCUGGUCACACCAGUUUGGUGGGAGGACGUUUGGCUAAAGGAGGGAUUUGCUCACUACUUUGAAUAUAUUGGGACUGACUUCCUCUUUCCAAAGUGGAACAUGGAGAAUCAGAGAUUUCUGACUGAUGUACUACAUGAGGUGAUGUUAUUGGACGGUUUGGCCAGUUCUCAUCCAAUCUCUCAAGAGGUGUUUGAAGCCACAGACAUUGACAGGGUGUUUGACUGGAUCGCAUAUAAGAAGGGAGCCGCUCUGAUCCGUAUGUUGGCUAAUGUCAUGGGACAACCGGUAUUCCAGAGAGGACUUAAUGAUUACUUGAUGACGCACAUGUAUGGGAACGCAGCGAGAGAUGACUUGUGGAACAAACUCUCUCAGGCCAUGCAGAGGGAGGGGAAGGACAUCAACAUAACAGAAGUCAUGGACCGCUGGACACUGCAGAUGGGCUACCCUGUGGUCACCAUCAGCAAGAACGACAGUCUUGACAACACUGUCACAAUCUCCCAGGAGCACUUUAUUUAUGACACAGAUGCCAAGAUCAGAGAUCCUGAGCUCUUCAACAAAAGUUUCCAGUGGCUAAUUCCCCUGACCAUCACGGUGGGAAACUUCAGUCACAUAUCAACUGAAACCAUCAUCUGGGUCUCUAAUCAUACAGAGAUACAGCGAGUGGGUCACAUGGAUGGGGAGACGUGGUUGCUGGGUAACAUCAAUCAAACAGGCUACUUCAGAGUGAAUUAUGACCUCCACAACUGGAGACUUCUUAUUCAACAACUGAUGACAAACCCUACGAUCAUCUCUGUGGGAAACAGGGCAGGUCUGAUAGAUGAUGUCUUCAAUCUGGCAAGAGCGGGCUAUCUGCCCCAAAACAUCCCCUUGCAGUUCAUCUCAUACUUGUCUCAGGAGAGCGAGUUUCUGCCCUGGCACGCUGCUAGUGGAGCUCUUUACCAGCUGGACAAACUACUGGACCGCACUGAAGACCACAGUCUCUUUAGUGACUAUGUGCUGAAACAGGUGUCACCAAAAUAUCACAAGAUGGGUUGGCCGACCUCUUCCUCUGAGGGAUCAUUCAUACAGGCUGCUUAUCAAGCAGAAGAGUUACAGAGAGAGGUGAUCAUGCUAGCCUGUAGUUUUGGAAACAAACACUGUCACCGACAAGCAGUGUCUCUUAUUUCAGACUGGAUUUCCAGCAACAAGAACAGGAUUCCACCCAACGUGCGGGACAUUGUGUACUGCACAGGUGUAUCUCUGAUGGAUGAAGAUGUGUGGGAGUUUAUCUGGAUGAAGUUUCACUCCUCCACUGCCGUCUCUGAGAAAAAGAUUCUUCUGGAGGCCUUGACCUGCAGUGAUAACAUCUUCCUGCUCAACAGGCUCCUGAAUCUGUCCCUUACUUCUGACCUGGUGCCAGAUCAAGACGUGAUCGAUGUCAUCAUACAUGUUGGACGCAAUCCACUGGGAAGACAUUUAGCAUGGAGAUACUUCAGAGAGAAGUGGGAUAUAUUGAAUUCAAGGUAUGGAGAAGCUUUAUUUAUGAACUCAAAAUUAAUCAGCGGUGUGACAGAGUUUCUCAACACAGAGAUGGAGUUGAAUGAGUUGAAAGAGUUCAUCCUGACUAGCGGUGGAGGAGCAGCACCUGCGUUCGCACGCGCCGUUGAGAUCGUUCAAGCGAACGUGAAGUGGCGGACGCUGUUCGAGCAACAGUUCUACCAGUGGCUGCGAAAAGCUCCUGACGGUUAACGCAACAUUAGGCACGAAACACGCCAGUAGCUUGGAAACACUAUCAGGCAUUUACAAACCAGUAACUUGCGAAGACUUAAGCUUAAAUUUACUUCAAAUAAAAAAGAAAUUUCUGGACGACGAAAAUCUGCAAACUUUUCCUGCUGUUUAUAAAGCCAACAGACUGAACGACCGAGACGAAGCGAAUCAAAUGCUUGAUGAUCUGUCAUCUGUCAUCUUGCAUGAAAGAGAUCUGCUGAUGAAAAUGACAAGCGAAAUUAUUUUUAGAUUUCAAUCUUAGAUUCUGAACACGUCUAUGUCCAGUAAGAACUGGCACAACAGCUCCAGUCCUGCACCGCCUCAAGUCAGAAAAUACCAGAGAAAACAGCACCGCCCUGCUGCCCACCCCACAAAUAUUCUCCAAAGACUGCUGCUGUCCUCGAGCAAAGAAUCCUAAUUUCAGUUAUAAGGUCCUCUUUGCUUUUCUUGCACAAUCACACAUUGUUUUGUACAAUAUUAUGUUAAUUGAGACCAUAUCUAAAAUCAUUGAACAGUUGAAGAAUCAUGGCCACAGGUAUAUAGCAAGUUUAAAACAGGGGCCUGAUAUACGAAAGUUGCGUAUAAACGUCCAAAAGGUUUGAGUUUUCAAUAAGACUUACACAAGAAGCAAAGUUACAUUUAGGUCAGAUUUAUGCUUAAAGUAGCAACGAACAAUAUGCUGAAGGGGCAAGAAUAGUCUUGUAGACAUACAACGUAAACUCUCAGAAAAAUGUAAAAGAAGGUAGACUGCAAAAAAUGAUUUAAGAAAAAAUUUCUUACUAUUUUUGUCUUGUUUUCAGUAAAAAUAUCUAAAAAUUCUUAAAUUGAGAUGCUUUUUCUUGAUGACCAAAACGACCCAAUAAGUCUAGUUUUUAGACCAAAAAAUAAAAUUUAAGUGAUUUUGUGCAUAAAACAACAAACAAAAAAAUGGGGUAAGCACAUUUUUCUUGAUUUUUUUUUUGAAUUUAGUGUUUAAGAAAAAUGUUCAAGAUUUUUUGCUUACCCCAUUGGCAGAUUUUUUUUGCUUGUUUUAUGCACGAAAUCACUUAAAUUUGAUAUUGGUGCUCUAAAAACUAGACUUAUUUUCUUGGUUCGUUUUGCUCAUCAAGUGAAAGCAUUUUAAUUUAAGAAUUUUUUGAUAUUUUUACUGAAAACAAGACAAAAAUACAAAUAAUCUUGUG